AUGGCUCAAGGUACUCCUCUGAGGAAGAGGGUUGUCAUCAUUGGUGCAACUGGUCUACAGGGCGGUUCUGUCGCAAGAAUCCUCGCCCAGUCUCCAGAUCGUUACAUCAUUCGUGGCUUGACUCGCAACACUUCCUCCCCAAAGGCUCAAGAGCUAGCCAAACUCGGCAUCGAAGUCCAGCAGGCCGACGUCGAUGACUCAAAAAGUCUUCAGGAUGCUUUCCAUGAUGCGCACGUUAUCUUCGCCAUGACUGAUUUCUGGCAGCACAUGUCUGGCGAAAGAGAAGAAGCCCAGGGCAAGUCCAUCAUGGACAUUGCUGCUGGACUACCUCACCUUGAACAGCUCAUAUGGGCAGAUCUUCCGGACGCUAACAAGAUCUCGGAAGGGUUUUAUCCCCAUGUCUAUCACUGGCAAAGCAAGGCUGCUGUCUCCAAGUACAUUCGCGAGGAGAAGCCUGAGUUGUGGAAGAAGACUACUGCUAUACUUUUCCCCAACUACUUUGAGAACUGUAUCACUCAGCCUAGCACCUAUCUUCCUAUCAAGCAAGCGGAUGGAACCUACUUGAGGUCUUUCGUCCUACCCGAGACUGCUAAUCUCCCAAAUGUCGCCAUCUCCGACACGGGCAAGUUGGUGCAGUACAUCCUCGAUCAUCCCGACCAAUGUCUUGAGAAGACUAUCGCCUUUUACUCCGAGGCUAUUUCGGAAGGAGAAAAGAUUCGUUCUAUGGCGAAAGCAUACAAUAUCGACAUCCGCUACCAUGAGAUGUCCUCGGAUGAAUUUCAAGGCAUCCUCAAGAAGCACAUGGGUGACGUGACUGCCUUGGAUUUUACCGAGCAGCUUCUCAUUUUCCGAGAUUUCGGUAUGAUCUAUGAACGACCCGAGUUUGUCCAAGCCAACCAGCUACCCGGGCUCAAGUUGACGACCUGGAAGGAGUUCAUGGAGGCAAACGACUUGCAUUCUUAUAUGACUAGUGCUUAA